CUGGGUUUAUGAUACUUUUUAAUUCAAUAGAUAUUAUAAUGACUAAGAUCUAUUCAAGUUUUGAGAAAAAUAAAUUCAGUCCGUACCUCUUUUUACAUGAAGACGAACAGACAAAUUUUUCAGCUUUGUCACUUUUUCACAGGUUUUGCUAAAUUAUUCAAAAAUGGAGUGUUUAAUAGGAAUUAAAGGCAAAGACUUCGUGAUUGUUGCAUCGGAUACGAUUUCCGCAAGGAGUAUUGUGUCAAUGAAGCAAGACCACGACAAGAUGUUCAAGCUGAGUGACAAAAUUGUCAUGGCAUGUAGUGGCGAGUCAGGAGACACAGUCCAGUUUGCAGAAUACAUUUCCAAAAAUAUACAACUUUACAAAAUGAGAAAUGGGUAUGAGCUGUCUCCACGAGCAGCUGCCAAUUUUACAAGGAGAAACCUAGCAGAGUAUCUACGAAGUAGAACUCCAUACCAGGUUAACAUGCUAAUUGGUGGCUAUGAUGAGACAGAUGGUCCUUCCUUGUUCUACAUGGAUUACUUAGCAGCCCUUAUUGAGGCCCCAUUUGCUGCACAUGGCUACGGGUCAUUCUUCGUACUCAGUUUAUUAGACAGAUAUUACAGAGAUGAUGUUACACAAGAAGGGGCUAUUAAACUAUUACAUCAGUGUAUAGAUGAGGUACAGAAGCGAUUCAUAGUAAACCUCCCAACAUUUAAAGUUCGAUGUAUAAACAAAGAUGGCAUAACAGAUUUACCAGAUCUCCGUGCAGGGAAGCAAUGAUCUCGAUAGAACACAGAACAUUUCUUUACAUUUCUCAGGCUCAGGACCUGUUUAUCAGUGUAUAUGAACACAUGAACCAGAAAUGAACUAUGCCUACUAUUGGGCUAAGAACUAGAUGGUUUUUAUUCCCAGUUGUAAAACUGUUUUGAUGUUUUGAAUGCCACGUAUGUCAGUCACUCUCACGACUUACAAUAACAAAAGUAUAGAAAAACAAAAUGUUAUGACAGAAAUUCAAAGCAAAUCAAAGAACAGAAAUUUAUUGAAAUUAUUCAAAUCUAUUAUCUUGUCUUGUUAAAUUAUGGACAGAUUUUAAUGAGAAAAUGGAAGGUACAAUUAUUACAAAUAUGUUAGGAAGGUGUAAAUAAAGAAUUCUACUUGUAAACAUUUGCCACAUAAAACUUUGUCAAAGACUGUAACAGAAAAACUAC